CCAAACUGGCAAGAAAAACCCGGACGCCAUUUUGUGAAUUUAACGACAUUUCUUUAUCGUCUUGAAUAAAAAAUAGGAGAUUGGAUCUAGAUUUUAGGAGAUUGUUUAGUUUUAGGGGCCUAGAUAUUCCGUUCUAUACUAGGUUUUAUCUACAUGAACUAAUUCAGAAUGAGUGACGAUCAGAGCGAUGUCAAAUUAGAAGAGAGUUCACAUUCUGACAGAAAACGUGACAAAGAUAGAAAAAGAUCUCGUUCUCCGCGUAGGAAAUCAAGGAGCCGGGAACGAGACCGAAAACGUUCUCGUUCAAGAGAUCGUAAAGUUAAGAAAUCUCGCAGUCGCUCACCAAAGAAAACAAGAAAGAAGAGACCUUAUAAAUAUUGGGACAUUCCUCCUCCUGGAUAUGAACACAUUUCUCCAGCUCAGUAUAAAGCAAUGCAAGCUUCUGGCCAGAUCCCAGCAGAACCUUUGACUGCCCCUGCUGUAGGGCCUACUAGUGCCGAUGCCAGUCUCAAUUAUGCUGGCAGCUCCCUCAGCCGUCAAGCACGUAGAUUAUAUGUGGGCGGUAUUCCAUUUGGGAUGACUGAUGAAGCUAUGAUGGAUUUCUUUAAUCAUCAAAUGCGUAUAACAGGGCUUGCUCAAGCAGAAGGCAAUCCUGUUAUUGCUGUACAGAUAAAUUUGGAUAAAAAUUUUGCCUUUUUAGAAUUCCGGUCUGUAGAUGAAACUACACAAGCUCUGGCAUUUGAUGGCAUUAGUUUUCAAGGGCAACCAUUGAAAAUUCGAAGGCCAAGUGACUAUAAACCACUACCAGGCAUGGCAGAAAAUCCAACUUUAGCCGUUCCAGGUGUAGUGUCAACUGUUGUUCAAGAUUCAGCUCACAAAAUUUUUAUUGGAGGCCUGCCCAGUUACUUAAAUGAAGAUCAGGUCAAAGAACUGCUUGUUUCCUUUGGACCUUUGAGUGCAUUUAAUCUUGUCAAAGAUAGUGCAACAGGUCUUACUAAAGGCUUUGCUUUUUGCGAGUAUGCUGAUGUGUCAGUUACAGACCAGGCAUGCGCAGGGCUUAAUGGAAUGCAGUUAGGUGACAAAAAACUUAUUGUACAGAGGGCUAGUGUAGGUGCUAAGAAUGCACAACAGCAAGCACCAGUACAGCUUCAAGUUCCUGGUUUGAAUUUGAACCAAGGGGCUGGUCCUGCCACAGAAGUUUUGUGCUUGAUGAAUAUGAUUACACCAGAGGAGUUAGUUGAUGAAGAGGAAUAUGAAGACAUUGUUGAAGAUGUGAAGGAAGAAUGUGGCAAAUAUGGCAUUGUUAUGAGUUUGGAAAUUCCAAGACCUAUUAAAGGAGUAGAAGUACCAGGGGUUGGAAAGAUAUUUGUGGAGUUCAACUCAAUUAUAGAAUGUCAAAAGGCUCAAGCUGCCCUAACAGGACGUAAAUUCUCAAAUCGUGUAGUUGUAACAUCUUAUUAUGAUCCAGAUCGAUAUCAUAGGAGGGAAUUUUAAUUGUAUUUGCAUAAUGUUUUUAAGGAUUCUGCUGUAUUGGGAACAAAUAAUGAAUGAAUACAGUAGUUUUAAGUUCAAGAAUUCAAAAAAUAUCUGUCAAAGUAUGACCAUUAAAACUAACAAAACUUAAUGGGAUUUUAAAAAAUCUUCUUUUCCGAAGAAUUUAAGAGCUUUUUUUUUUUUUUUUUAAACUUGAAAAACCCUGUGGACAUUGAAAUGUGUAGCAGUGAUUACCUCUAAUUGAAUGUUCCUGAUUAUUGUAUUUCCAUGAGUAUAUUUUGUGACACUAGGUCAUGUUCAUUUCAUUUGAUAUCAUUUUAUAGGUUCCAAAUGUCAGAAUAUUUAUGUUGCUUUUUUUUUCCCCCACUCUUGUUGCAAUUAUUUAGUAUGUCAAACUUCAUGUGUAUAAAAACAUUAUGCAUAGCAA